AGUGUGUGUGAAAGUUGGUAGUAAAAGUGCCACGUCUUCUUGGGAGGGUUGGGGGAGUCCUGAACUUAUCCGAGGCCGACUUCGCUUUCGGCACAUUUUAACUCUAUGAAGUCGGGGGCCCUUUCUCUGCUUUGGUAACAUGAGGUUUUUCUUGUGGAACGCGAUCUUGACACUGGGGGUCAUGGCUGUGAGUGGAGCUUUGAUCCCAGAGCCAGAAGUGAAAAUCGAAGUUCUCCAGAAGCCUUUCAUCUGCCAUCGCAAGACCAAGGGAGGGGACCUGAUGUUGGUCCACUACGAGGGCUAUUUAGAAAAGGACGGCUCCCUGUUUCACUCCACCCACAAACAUAACAAUGGUCAGCCCAUCUGGUUCACCCUGGGCAUCCUGGAGGCUCUCAAAGGCUGGGACCAAGGCUUGAAGGGGAUGUGUGUGGGAGAAAAGAGGAAGCUUAUCAUCCCUCCUGCCCUGGCCUAUGGCAAAGAAGGAAAAGGCAAAAUCCCCCCCGAGAGCACACUGAUAUUCAACAUUGACCUCCUGGAGAUUCGAAAUGGCCCAAGGUCCCAUGAAUCGUUUCAAGAAAUGGAUCUCAAUGACGACUGGAAACUCUCUAAGCAUGAGGUUAAAGUGUAUCUAAAGAAGGAGUUUGAGAAGCACAGUGCAGUGGUGAAUGAAAGCCACCAUGAUGCUUUGGUGGAGGAUAUUUUUGAUAAAGAAGAUGAAGACAAAGAUGGAUUUAUAUCGGCUAGAGAAUUUACCUAUGUGCAUGACGAACUGUAGGGACGCACCUGCCAUUGUAUAUGCAUCCAUCUGUAAAGGGAAGGCGGCACCUUUAAAGAAAGUUGUAGUUUUUAACAACAUUCUGUUCUUGAUUUUUUUUUUCAGUUUUAUAUUAUUUUCUGUUACUUAAGAAACCUCAUAGACUUUGUAAAUAUCCACACAUUUCUGGUAAGUUAUUGGGAAGAAACAGUCAUCUUUGAGUGGAAGACUUCUGGGCCAUUUCCAUGUUCACACGAAGUUUGUUCACUUGCUUCCUUCUAAUGGUGACGUAUUGCAACUGGAAACGCCGCAACAUAUGAACAGGUUGGAGCACAAUCAGUUCCCUGUACUUUGGCCUCUUUCUGUUUCCUCCAGGUUAGAUUACUGAUGUGUUUAAAAGCUUUUACCAUAGUCCAUGGCUUGCUACUUUCAUGUUAUAGUGAAGUAGCUUUUUCUUUACCUGCCUUUGAGUCUCUGCUUGAGAAGACAUACGGUGGCCCCUCAUUCCUUAACAGUUAUGGCCUCACUGUGGAGAUGUGCAAUGUUGGGUGAACGAUGAAGUUAGCAACUCAUGAAUAGGUGUGCAUUGAAACGUUCUGCCAAGACUUCAUAGUGGCUAACGGCCUAGUAAAAUAAGUCAGACAGAUCAUUUAUGUUUGUUUCCUUGUAACCAGUGCUUCAAAAUAUGGUAGGCAUGGCAGAGAGUUGUGUUUAGAGUCAAUGUUUACUUAAAGGCUACCAGAUUAGCCUCCUGGUUCUCCAGUGAGUAAAGUUUACAGCUGGUUUAUUACUUUGCAGUAACACUGCAAAUGAGGCCAACCUAUACCAACUACUAUCAACACACAUAUCCUCUGUUUGAACAUUGAUUUUUUAUCAUUUUAUCUCAAAUUGGCUUCUAAAAAUGAUGACUAAUUCUGUUUUUCAAAUUGAUUUUAAUCAAAUUGGUUGUUAUCUUUUUUAAAGAUUUAUUUAUUAUAUAUACAGUGUUCUGCCUGCAUU